GAGAUCUUUGCUCCGGUACCUGACGCCACAGCGAGAGUGCUAGUCCUCCCUCCUCAUGUGGUUGGUUUCUUUCCUGAUUAAAAGUGAUUAGGCAGCCCUAAAGCCUGUAGAAAUGUGACUGAGGGGAAGGUAGACAAAGACUCCUUUCAAGAUCUCUUAAAUCCCCAGGACAGUAUUUAGGGAGCCCUGAGGAGAGAACUGGAGCAGAACCCUCUUGCCAGGUCCUCCUUGUCCUUCUCCCUCCCAUUGCACCCUUCGUUGCCAAAGUCUCCUCCACCAUGUCGUUCUCUGAAGCCGAGGUGCAAGGUGCCCGUGGUGCCUGGGAGAAGAUGUAUGCGGAUGCUGAGGACAACGGGACAACUGUGCUGGUCAGGAUGUUUACUGAGCACCCAGACACCAAGUCCUACUUCACGCACUUCAAAGGCAUGGACUCGGCCGAAGAGAUGAAGCAGUCGGAUCAGGUCAGGGGCCACGGCAAGAAGGUUUUCACCGCCAUCAAUGACAUGGUGCAACACCUGGACAACUCCGAGGCUUUUCUUGGGAUAGUGAACCCACUCGGCAAGAAACAUGCCACCCAGCUGAAGAUUGACCCCAAAAACUUCAGGAUUAUCUGUGACAUUAUUUUGCAACUGAUGGAGGAGAAAUUUGGCGGAGACUGCAAAUCUUCCUUUGAGAAGGUGACCAAUGAAAUCUGUUCUCACCUGAACAACGUCUAUAAAGAGGCGGGUUGGUGAGGAUGCGCAGCCUCCAGGAUCUUCAAAUGUCUUGCCAGCACUGAUUUGCUGCUUUUGGGCUUCCAGCCAUGGUUGGAAGAAUAAAAAAAUUAAAAAAGAAAAAAGAGCAAGAAACAGGCUUAUAUAAGGUAGAUAUUAAUGUUAAUAAUUUCCUUAGCAAAUUGAGUUUCUACAGUUAAAUAAAACCUGCAGAUACAUCAAAGCCAACCAACAAAUCCUGAUGUGCUUUCCAGCUUUGGUGCUCCAAGUGGGUUCCUCUGGUCGCCAUCCUUGAAGACUAAGUUUUAAGGCAAUGACUUUAGGCUUGCUAUUCCUGAAAGACUUGCUUCUUCCAACAGCACCAGCCCAGAGAGGCACCAGUUGCUCUUUAUCUCAGCUCUGCCUCUCCAUCCUUAUGAAAGAUGAGCAGGAGACCAUUUUGAAGCAUCUCCAAGGACUUUGUAGAUGUCAUUAUUUAAGAGAUAAGGGUGUUGUUUCCUGUUUGAACUAAAACCAUGGGGAGAGUGGUGUAUGGGAGAGCAACAUCUGAGAAAGACCCAGGGAAAGUCCCCUCCUGUGUGAGCCAGCGGAGUUCUCCAGCCUGUGGAGAGGUUUCUUGGAGCAACUUUCAAGCGCAGGGGUUGUCACCACUGAAUGUGGUCACCACUGGGUCCCUCUGGGCAGGAAUGAGCAUCUCCAGUGUGUGGAUUUCAUGGCGCUACUCCCAGCAAAUUGCUCUGGUCAUGUACCCAGGAGAAGACAGUAGUACCAAAGCUCAGUAGCUCCUGUCCCACUCAAAACGCAUCCAUCUGAGGGAGGUUUUGCUGCCCUGCUGAGUGGGCAGUGUGGCCAGCUCGGUCAGGAUGGGAUUUCCACAGUGCUGCCCUCAUCCUGUCCCGUCGCAGGGCCAGAGAGCCCCUUCAGCGGCGACCGAGUCCCAAACUGUUUAAUUGCUUUUCCUUGUAUUCCUUAGGCGUGGUGAAAUCAUCAGCUAAUAACUGCAAAUAACCACAUGCCAUUUCGCUUCAGUGCAAUGCAAUAAACACAGAGAAAGCA